GCUCAGGCGUUGGUGUUGAGCACUGCUCACAAAUGGCCCAGAACUAGGCAGCAUGGCGGCUGCUGGUGGCCCUGACCUGAGCCCGGUCAGUGGUGAGGUGGAGCCAGGAGUGAGAGAACAGCCCAUCUUCACCACCCGAGCACAUGUCUUCCAGAUUGACCCCAACACCAAGAAGAACUGGGUGCCUGCGAGCAAGCAGGCCGUCACGGUGUCCUACUUCUAUGAUGUCACCAGGAACAGCUAUCGGAUCAUCAGUGUGGACGGAGCCAAGGUGAUCAUAAACAGCACAAUCACACCCAAUAUGACUUUCACCAAAACGUCGCAGAAGUUCGGGCAGUGGGCCGACAGCAGAGCCAACACCGUGUUCGGUUUGGGGUUUUCCUCAGAGCAGCAGCUGACAAAGUUUGCAGAGAAAUUCCUAGAAGUGAAAGAAGCUGCCAGACUAGCCAGAGACAAGUCCCAGGAGAAAAUCGAGACCUCGAGUAAUCAUUCCCAAGCAUCCAGUAUCAAUGGGACGGACGAUGAGAAGGCCUCUCAUGCGGGUCCUGCCGACACACACCUGAAGUCUGAGAAUGACAAGCUGAAGAUCGCUUUGACACAGAGCGCCGCCAACGUGAAGAAGUGGGAGGUGGAGCUGCAGACGCUGCGGGAGAGCAACGCGCGGCUGACGGCGGCGCUGCAGGAGUCGGCGGCCAGCGCGGAGCAGUGGAAGAGGCAGUUCUCCGUCUGCCGCGACGAGAACGACCGGCUCCGGCACAAGAUUGACGAGCUGGAAGAACAAUGCAGUGAGAUAAACAGAGAGAAGGAGAAAAACACCCAGUUGAAGAGAAGAAUUGAGGAGCUGGAAUCGGAACUCCAAGAAAAGGAGACGGAGUUGAAAGACCUCCGAAAACAAAGUGAAAUCAUACCUCAGCUCAUGUCAGAGUGUGAAUACGUCUCGGAAAAGUUAGAGGCGGCAGAGAGAGACAAUCAAAACCUGGAGGACAAGGUGCGUUCUCUCAAGACCGACAUUGAGGAGAGUAAAUACCGACAGCGCCACCUGAAGGUGGAGCUCAAGAACUUCCUGGAGGUGCUGGACGGCAAGAUCGACGACCUGCACGACUUCCGCCGCGGCCUCUCCAAGCUGGGCACGGACAACUAGGGCGGCCCUGGGCCCCGCUCGUGAGUCCCCAGUGCGUGUGUGACACGAAGUAGGACUAGGACGUUCUCCUGUGUGCGUUGCUUCUGUAAAUGCAGGCGCGGUUUGUCGUGUUUCCAAACCAGUUGUGCCGUCCACUCUCCUCUCCAGAAUAGAAGUCUCCUCUCGCUUGUCUGGCCUCGCGAGGUUGUGGACAACUGGAAGAUUCUGACUCAGGAAUCCAGAACUAGGUCUACCUUAACCAUUCACGCAGUCAGGGCAGGGAUGUUUAUAUCUUUCUUAAGGGCUGUUGCAACCCUACGAACUGGAAAAAGUAUUUUCUAAUCCAGACACGAAAAUCCUUGACACCUCCUUUUUCUGAAUAGCGUUCAGAGUGUUUGAAUGUCCACCGGGAAGGCAGGCACCAGUGCGUGGGGCAUGAGGUGACAGCUUUGCUCUCAGUAAAUACUGAGAUGCCUUCCAUCAAGCACUUAGUAGAGACUUGUCCAGGGAAAGAAAACAAGUUUCCGGUGGGUGUGUUUUUUGGCACAGAAAUCGCCCAUCCGCUCCGCCCCCUUCCACCCACCCCAGUUUGUAGGGUUGCGACAAUGUUCCUUUCCUUGGUUUUCAUUUCUGAGCAGAUGGCUGUGCUGUGGGAACAGCACGCAGUGAGGGUGCCUAGCAGUGCCUGGCACAAAGUAGGUGCUUAAUAAAUAUUUGUUCAAUCAAACAUA